AGCAUGUGAUCAUUCUAUUAAAAUCACAGAAGCGUUUUAAUGGCGAUAUAAGGUGCGAGUUGUUUCUCACCUGUGAAAUUAUCAUGUAGUGGAUUUUAAUACGAAAUAUUAAUUCUUAUAUCAUCUAUGUCGUAAUUUAUUAAUUGUGCCGAUUUAAUUAGUGUGGAUUUAUAAAUUAUAGUUACAUAGAAAUUUGACAUGAAGACGUUUGUACAGAAAAGCGAAAACAUAACGAUAUGACAGAAGGGGAAGACAAAUCUGUCAGUGAAUCGUUACGACAGGCAGCAAGUCAAGGUCAGUUUGAUCUAGUGAAAGAACUUGUAAAAACUGGUGCCAAGUUCAGUUCUGAUCAAGAAGGAAGAACAGCUCUCCACUAUGCUGCACUGAAUGGACAUGUAGACAUCUGUAAAUUCUUACUUCAGCAGGGAUGUAGUAUUGAUGAAAGAGAUGUGCUUGGUUACACCCCCCUUCAUCGUGCAGCCUCCAAAGGACAUGUAGAAGCCAUAGAAUUGCUGUUGACGUCCAAAUGUAAUGUAGAUUCACAGGACGAGCAUGGUAAUGGUGUCAUCCAUGAAUCAGCCUGGAACGGUUUUAGUCAGACAUUAGAACUGUUGAUUAAACACCAUUGUAAUGCUAUUCUUACUAAUAAGUCUGGAUUUACAGCUCUACAUUUAGCCAGUCAGAAUGGACACAAUCAAAGUGCUCGAGUUCUUUUGUAUGGAGGCUGUAAUGCAGAUCUUAAAAAUAAUUAUGGAGAUACAGCCCUCCACACGGCAGCACGAUAUGGACAUGCAGGUGUCACACGUAUUUUGAUCAGUGCCAGAUGUAGGCUCAAUGAACAGAACAAGAAUGGUGACACUGCACUGCAUAUCUCUUCUGCUUUGAAGAGGAAAAAGAUUGCUAAACUGUUGGUGGAAGCUGGCAUUGAUGUUUAUAUUGUCAACAAGCAAGAGGAAACAGCCAUAGAUGUGGCUAAACGUAAAGAUCACCCUGAGGUCAUCAUAACAAUCACAUCACUCUUAAAGACCAAAGCUCAGAUUCAUCCAUCACCUAAAAUGGUAAAUUUCAGUGAAAUACCUGUGGAUAUAGAUGGACCUGUCGUAGUCCCUGAUGAAGACCUACCUGUACAAAAGACAGAAAAGACUGAAAAAGGCAGCAAAUUCUUCUCAUUCCUAAAGAAAAAGAAAAAGGAGAAAGAUAAACCUACUCCGUCAGGAAGCCAAGUCCACCCUACUGAUGGUAAAGAUCCUGUACAUGGCUUCUUCAGUCAGUACAUACCUAAGACUGGACAACAGUACUUCAGAGAUUUAGCUGGCAAUAUUAAGCAGGGACCAAUAGGAUACACCCCAAUUUGUCAGUGUAUGCCUGCUCUUCACCAGUUGGAGAAACGAGUGGGUCAGGACAAGGAACAUAUCUAUGAACAUAUAGAUGCCUCUCAUAGGAUCCUCAAAAAUCGUAUGGAUCAGUUAGAUAAGAAAACCACACAACAAAUUACCACGUUCGACAUGUGGUCCAGGGAUAGAUUUGACGAAGAGGAAAGAAAUUGUUACAACAGGAUUGACCAGCGUUUAGCCGAUCAACAGCAUUAUAUGGCACAUAAGAAACGUGGCGGUAUGGACGUGGAUGAUUGGUUAGAGGCUAAAUUGUCCGAGUAUGGUCAUUGUUUAGACCAUCAUCACGACGAUACCGCUUUACCGAGCAAUAAUAUUUUCACAGACAUUCAUCAGACAGAAAAUGGCCGAUUAUUUCGCUCUCGAUCAGACGAGACUCUUUCGCAGUCUGAUAAUCACAGUGGGAAGUUUCGUAAGAGACAAUUUUAUGAAUCACGUCAGCAAGCAAUGCAGGAAAUCAGGGCAUGGCAACUUCCUGCUUAUAGUAAAGAUAGGGGUGCCAGGAAUUACAAUCCCGUUGUUGGACGUAGAGACAAUUACGGGGGUGUUCAGAAUCCACAAACUCUCAAUCGAAAUGCUAAUCAGCAAAGUGGGAGACAUUUUGUUUCGCCUGUUUCUAGUCAUCAAAAUGCACGAUCAUCUUCACGACCUGACUUCAUAUCACCAAGUACUGCUUCUACUAGUCGUAGUCCGUACUUGUCACAUGACCAAGUUUAUGGUAGUCAAUAUAGUGGCUACGAUCAAGGUGCUAUUCCCAAAAAACUUUCAACUUCACAAACGUGGCAUGAUAUGCAUGAACAUCAAACAUUAGUGCGUCCAGAAUUAACUCCACGAACUCAUAAUAAUGUGUUAAAUCAUAGAACUUCUGUGCAAAGAGACACUAGCCCACUAACUCAUAACACUGUGUUAGAUAAUAGAACUGCUGGUCAUAGAGAUGCUAGCCCAUUAACUCAUAGUACUCCAAUGGUUCAUAAAACUACAGCACAGAGGGAUGCUAGCCCUCUCAAUCACAGUACUCCGAAAUCACGAGAAUCUAGUCCCUUUCAUUAUCAGUAUCUCCCUCAUCAUAGAAUGGUGAAAAGUCAAACUGAACCUGAAAAUCUAUCACCAAGACGAAAUGAAAGUAGAACUAUUCAAAGUGAAAGUAGGAAAGCUCAAAGUGGGAGUAGAAUUAACCAAAGUGGGUUAAGAAAUAUUCAAAAUGAUAGUAGACAAGUUCAGAAUGACCGAAAUAUUUAUAGUGACAACCGGCAGGUUUAUCAACAACCUAGGAAUACACAACACGAAAAUACACACUCACAAAGGGAACAAUUUGAUCGACAAAAUCAAAACACACAUUCACAAAGGGAACUAUUUGAUCGACAAAAUGAAGUGAGAAGAUCAAACAUGGAGUCAAGAACUCUACACAGUGAAAGUAGAAACAGUGAAACAAGGCGGAGUUUUCCCGAAAGGGGGUCCUCAAACAUAAGCAUAGGUACUAAUGUGACCUCCAAUUCCUCCAGCACUGGACAGGGCCCCCUCACAGAGUCUGGUGCUGGAAAAAUAGUGGUUAAACCUACUUUCACAACAUUUGGAUAUCCUGAGAGGGAAAAAUUAUACAAUACUCAAGACAAUACAAAUACCAUCUCAAAUAAGGGAUAUCCAAAUGAUUCGUCAGGUAGGUCAGGUAUGUCAGUUCAACAGUCUGAUUCAACUUACGGUUACCAUGGUGAAGUUAUAAAUAAACCUCUAACCUCUGGAAUACCAGCACGGCAUGAUGGGAAAGAAAUUCCUUUGGAGAGAAUGUCUCACAUGGAUAGGAGAAGUGUAUAUAAUCAAAACACGGGAAAUAAUGUCAAAAAUAGUGCUAUCAAUUCUGUAAAUAAUGUUAAUAGGGAUGAUAUGUAUUUAUCACAAGGUCAUAACAAUAUGCAAAUGAGCCGACAGAGGUCAAGGUCAACUGAUGGAAUAUUAUUAGAUGAUACUGACCUAUCGUCAGCACAUCAAAUGAAAUUGAAAUUGAAGGAACCGUCUUCCAUGCAGAGAUCUGGAACUCCCAGUUCUCCCAGAAACAGUCAAAAUCAUAGUGUGCCAUUAGAGUCAAUGAAAAGGCCAACAUCACAAUAUGGAAGUUCAAGGUCAUAUUUAAAUGAUAGAACUGAUAUGAAACCAUAUUCUAAUGAGCAAAACAAUAAAAAUGUACAAAGUGGUCAAUAUUAUAGUUCUUCACAGGGAAACAUGAACAGAAAUCCUGUUAACUAUUCUGUGUUAGGUUCAAAAGGGCAGAUUUACAAUUCUACAAGAGAUGUAGAUGUAAACAGACAAAAUAGUGGACAGACUGGUUCUAAUAGAGACAGGCCUACUUUGGCUGGUGAUAGUACAAAUAGGGAAAAUCCUUAUGGGUCUGUUCAAAACUUUACUGGAAGGGUGAACGAUGGGAGGACUUCUGUGUCUGCUCCAUCAGGACAAACAUAUAAUACAUACAAUCCUAACUUCCAAAGUCAUGACAAUGUCAUGUAUUCAGAUCAAACGAAUGUGUCAAAACUAGGCAGCAAAUCUGAAUCUCAUCUGAAUCAGGAACAACAUAUUCAGGGUCAGGAGGUUAUUACGCGUACGGAUAGGAAUUUACAAUCUACGCCAAUUCAGGACAAAAGUCGGGAGGACAAUAGUAGCAAUCCUGAUUCUGGAUAUAGCAGUAAAAUCUACGGACGUAAUUUGAAUUCUGGGAAUGCUCCCAGUACAAGUUGUACACCGUCAUCGUCAUUCAGUACGGAACCGACGGACCAUAACAUUACACUUUCUAGCAAUAAUUCCCCCCAUCCUCAAGUCAAUCAUAGUGACUAUGCACAAAUAAACUCUGUUCAACACCAAUAUCAGAAAGAUCUGAGCAGUCAUGUACAGCAUUGGUAUCAACGAAAGUUAAAAGACGCAGCUAAAAACUUAAAUGAUGGUGAAUAUGGUUACCAUAGUGACUACCAUUCACCAACUAAUGGCAUUCAAAAUUCAAAUGACUUCAGCCAGUAUGAGUAUGCUCAGCAGUCACGGCAACCAGUUUACCAUGGAAACCAAACAUAUUCAUCCUAUCAUCAGGUGCCAAACUUUAUUAGGGGUAGUGAUGUUUAAGCUUUUUUGUUAAGACAAAUAGUUGUAUAUUAUUUAUAGCUAGUGGAUAAGUGAGGGCACAAUUUUGAAUGGUGAUACAUUGCAGUUAAAAAUACCAUAGAAAUUUUACUUGCUAAACUGAAAAAAAAAAAAGUUUUUCUUUUUUAGAAUUAAAAUAAAUAAAAUAUUUUCCAACAAGAAAAAAAUAUUACAUGUAUCUACAAGAACAAUGCAAUAGUAUGUGAAAUAUCAUAUUUUAAAGUUACAAAACAAUGAAAUUACAUCUUGUUGUUAUUCUGUUAGCUUAUCAAGUCCAUGCAACUUUACUACAACAGAUAUAUAUAUAUACAAGUAAGAACUUUGAUGGAAAUAACAGAAAAUGCACUUGUCACAUUUAAAAAACUCUUGAAAAUGUUCUGGAAUGCAUUUUUAUUUGAUCUGAAAAAUUCCUGUUGUACGCAUUCUUUAUUUUUGUGGGAUUUCAGAAAUUUUUGUGGGAUUUCAGAAUAGAGACCUAUCAGGGCUAUAGAAUUAACUAUGAAAAUUUUCAGGAUCAGUAAAAAAACUUUAUUUUCUGGAAUUUGUCAUUCAGCAUUUAUUUUAUCUAGGAAUAAAGGAAGACAUCACCUCACUGUAGUCUUUAAGAAUCUCUAGAGACAAAAGAGUGAAUAUAUACAAUUGUAUUUACAUGUAGAAUAUCUGUCUAUUCCAUAUUGCAACACAUUGACACUAAUUAAUAACUAAGAAAAAUCAUAUGUAAAAACUAUGCAAUUUUCAUUAUGUUAUUCAGGGAGUAUAUGAAGUAUUUGUAGUAGAAUUAUACAAUUUAUAAGUUAAAUAUUACAAAUCAUAAUCAUUUAUAUGGCAGUAGUAUAAAAUGUACUGAUAUCAAGAAAAAAGAAAGAAACACACUUAAUGUUAUAAUGAAAUGGGGUAGGAAAAGGGGGUACGCUGAUUUUCUAAAAAAGCUUUUGAUUAAACUUGAGUUAUGCAAUCUCCAUAAAAUCUGCUCUCAUCAUUUUCAGUAGAUAACUUUCUGGGCCAGUUCAAGCUAGGAUACAGGCUUCAUGGUCUCUUUAAAUCUCAUAGCAGUACACCAUAUGUAAACAUACUUUUAGUGUUCAAAUUUAAUGUUUUAGACAGCUGUUUGUACAUUUACAUUCCAAUUUAAUGUUUUAGACAGCUGUUUGUACAUUUACAUUCCAAUUUAAUGUUUUAGACAGCUGUUUGUACAUUUACAUUCCAAAGACAAAGUUAUUACUAUGAUCUCUUCCUUUGUAAGAAUUCCACAAUUUUAUAUACAUUAUAUUUUUUAAUUUCAUAUUUAUUUUUGUAAAUACAAAACUAUAUAUAUAUUUAAUUGUAUAUUAUGAUUUUAUUUGUAGAUAAGUCUUAAUUGAAUUUGUACAUAAAUGGACUUUACUCUUAUUUCAGAAUUUCUUUACUUUUGUAUGGAUAUUUGUUUAUAUUUAAUUAAGACAUUAUGGACAUACAUGAUAAUUAGUAUUUGAUAAAUCAUGCUGUUGUCUUGGUAACUGCAUUUUUGAAAGAAAUUUUAAUCUUUUUUAUGUCAAUGGAUGCCAAAGAAGUAACUGACAGCAUAGAUAUUUUUAUGCUUACAAUUCAUUUUUGUCGAGCUUUCGACUUUAGUCGAAAAAGCGAGACUAAGCGAUCCUACUUUCCGUCGUCGUCGGUGUCGUCGUCGGCGGCGUCCACAAAUAUUCACUCUGUGGUUAAAGUUUUUGAAAUUUUAAUAACUUUCUUAAAUUAUACUGGAUUUCUACCAAACUUGGACAGAAGCUUGUUUAUGAUCAUAAGAUAGUACCCAGAAGUAAAUUUUGUAAAAAUAAAAUUCCAUUUUUUUCGUAUUUAACUUUUAAAUGGACUUAGUUUUUUUCUGCGGGGAAACAUUACAUUCACUCUGUGGUUAAAGUUUUUAGAAUUUUAAUAACUUUUUCAAACUAUCCUGGGUUUGUACCAAACUUGGACAGAAGCUUGUUUAUGAUCAUAAGAUAGUAUCCAGAAGUAAAUUUUGUAAAAAUAAAAUUCCAUUUUUUCCGUAUUUAUCUUUUAAAUGUACUUAGUUUUUUCUGCGGGGAAACAUUACAUUCACUCUGUGGAUAAAAUUUUUAGGAUUUUAAUAACUUUCUUAAACUAUCCUUGUUUUGUACCAAACUAUGACAGAAGCUUGUUUAUGAUCAUAAGAUAGUAUCCCUAAGCAAAUUUU